AUGGCUGCUCAUCCUCUUCUGCCCAAUCUCCAUCUCGCGACAACAAGGCGGUCAACUAUGGACCCCUCUUCGACGAUACGAACGAAUCCACGGUUCGCCGUCUCCUUGACCACUGCUGUGAAGGCGGCAACAGCUAAUGCUGCCUUUUCUAAAUUCGCCGAAACCUGGACUGGGAGCCUGGCUGUAGGAAUGUCGGCAGAUUUGGCAGGGCUCGACGCGGACUGGGACCCUGAUCAUUUGCUAAAUGCCAAAGUACGGCAAACUCGGUAUCGGGGACAAAAGGUUUUCGAUGCUGAUUGA